ACAAAUUAACAUCAUCAUCACCUCUUCACGAGAUUCUGCUCCCAUUUUAGCCACUCUUCCAACUCGCUCCGAGUUGACUCAUUCCCUUUCGAGAUCAACCACCGCCACCUCCUCCACCGCACUCCGCUGUUAAUGUAAUCCCAAUCAACUUCCUCCGUCAAUGCAAAACUUGCCGUCGAUUCUCCUCCGAACAUCCUCUCCCAUAUCGCGGGAAUAAUCUUCCUUUGACUUCGCUUUUCAGCGAAUCCGAUGGCUCUCUUUCGUUCUCUCUUCCUCUUUGCCGCCUUCUGUUCCUUCCUCCUCUCCAUCGCCGCCAGCGAUGGCGACGCCGAUCUGAUUUACAAGGGUUGUGUGGAACAGUGCGAGGAAUCUGGAUGUGUAGGGGAUAAAUGCUUUCAACAUUGUAAAUUCUCAUCAGAUGGAAAAUCAAUUGAUGGUCCAUGGUAUAUGCACGAACCGCUUUACCUGAGGUGGAAACAAUGGGACUGUCGUACUGAUUGUCGGUAUCACUGCAUGGUAGCCAGAGAGGAAGAAAGAACAAAAUUUGGUGAAAAACCUGUCAAGUAUCACGGAAAAUGGCCAUUUCGGCGCAUUUAUGGGAUUCAGGAACCUGUGGCUGUUGCUCUGUCUGCCCUUAAUCUUGCGAUGCAGUUUCAUGGAUGGGUGUCAUUCUUCAUUCUUGUGUACUAUAAGUUGCCUUUGAAGCCAGAUAAGAAGGCUUACUAUGAGUACACUGGUCUGUGGCAUAUUUAUGGGAUUCUAUCUAUGAAUGCAUGGUUGUGGAGUUCUGUUUUUCAUAGCCGAGCUGUUGAAUUAACAGAGAAGCUGAAUUAUUCUUCUGCUGUGGCCUUACUUGGAUUUUCACUCAUUCUUGCAAUAUUGCGAGCUUUUAAUGUAAGGGACGAGGCUACAAGAGUCAUGGUUUCUGCACCCUUGGUUGCGUUUGUGACAACUCAUGUCUUAUAUCUGAAUUUCUACGAACUGAAUUAUGGUUUGAACACGAAAGUUUGCAUGUUAAUGGCUGUUGUCCAGCUUCUUAUUUGGGCAAUCUGGGCCGGUGUUUCAAGCCAUCCGGCACGAUGGAAAUUAUGGGUAGUGGUAGUCGGAGGAGUCUUUGCUAUGGUCUUGGAGACAUAUGACUUCCCACCUUACAUGGGAUAUGUGGAUGCUAAUGCUCUAUGGAAUGCAACAAACAUUCCCCUUACAUUCCUUUGGUGGAGUUAUAUAAGGGAUGAUGCUGAAUUUAGAACCUCUGCUCUCCUUAAGAAGGUUAAAUAGUGUUGUUGAAUAAUGGAUACAAAGGGUGGGUGGAUCAAAUGAAGAAGGACAUUCACAUGCUUACUUUGAUUUGUAAAUUAGAAAACUGUUGUUUCCUUUUCCUCGUGUGAGCAUUUUUUCAAGUGCUUAAUGCGAUGGUUUUUAUGUUUUUUCAGUUUGUAACUUUUGUUUUCCUCAUGUAUGAGGUAUACUUUGUUAGUGUAAUUUAAAUUUGCAUUGUCUUCCAUACCUUUUUAAAUUCCAAUCUCUA